GCGUGCUUAAAGAACAGCCACACCUGCAAUGAAGAACCUUAUCCAAUUCAAGUCCCCUACAUGUUAUAUGAAUGAUAUAUUAUAGAAGCACAAAUAUGGCCUUACUUCAUCUCCUCCUGCUGUCAUCCGUUUAUUUCAUUCAAAUAUGGCAAUCACAAGCGAAAGUCGUGAAAGAGUUUGCCUCCGAGGAGGAACUGAAACAAGAUUUAUCCAACGUCGAAGUUGCUAUGGUCGACUUUUUUGCAUCAUGGUGUCCGCACUGUGUAAAUUUUGCUCCCAUCUUCGAGAAAGCAGCGGAACGCAUUUCCACUAAUGGUAAUUUAAAAGAGAAAGUACACAUGAUAAAGAUCCAAUGCGACAUGGGCUAUAAAGGAGAAAGCAAUCCUAUAUGUACAGCACAUGGCAUUCAGGGAUACCCAACUAUUUAUGUUUUUAAAAGAGGAAAGAAAUUCGAUCAAUACAAAGGAGAAAGAACUCCAGAGGCUAUCGUCAAGUACAUCGAAGAAAUCGCGAAUAACGGAAAAGCGAAAUUCAUCGGUACACAAAUCAAGGACACGCAAGUGUGCAUGGCGAAAGAUUUCAUGAAAUAUGUCUUACAAAAAUCGUGAAAAAACGAAGAAUGACGGUCACACGAAAAUACACUAAUCAAGUUCAGAAGUGUUGCUUAAAUUCAACUUAAAAUCUGUGUCAGUUUCAGUGCACGCCAUUUUACUUAACACAAUGAGAUAAAGAGAAGAUAUCCUAUGAUUUGUAUACGGAAAAGAUCAGUUUUAUAGAUGGAAGCACAAGUGCAAGCACAAUAAAUGGGGAACUGGGAAAUAAAGUAAUUUUUAAUGAAUGUUUUAUUUUUUGUGUUUUAUUAAGUUCUGAGAGUUCACUAUAAAGAUGAUGGCUUAAAACCUAAAAUUUGUAAAUGUGAAUAUUUCAAUGCAAUAGCUACGGAAAAGAAUGGAAUGGCGAAAUAGCUUAGCUACAAUAUCUAUAUAUAAUGCAAAUUGUAUGACGUUCACAAGAAUAGGAAAAGGCCAACAGAACAACCCAGA